AUCGGAGAGAAGGAACUCGACCGUCGCAUCCGCUGCCUCCCUCCGGCGUACGGCACCCGUCAUUUCAAGACCGGGAUAUCCGCCCUCUCUCAGGUUUCCGGUAGCGAGCGGAAGGACAUCGCACGCAUUCUCCUCGGAUGCCUCGUUGGCCGUAUACCCAGGGCUGCAAUGCUCACCUUCCGUUCGCUGCUCGAUUUCAUAUACCUUUCCCAGUAUCCCACUCACGACGAGUCUACCCUCGGAUACAUGGAAGACGCCCUCAAAAUGUUCCACGACAACAAGCAUAUACUGGAGGAACUCGGCGUUCGGGAGCACCUGAACAUACCGAAAGUCCAUUCCCUUCUACACUACGUAGAUUCUAUCCGCAGGCUCGGCACGACCGACAACUUCAACACCGAGAUGUUUGAGUGGUUGCACAUUGAUUGUGCGAAGAAGGCGUGGAGAGCCUCGAACCACCGCAACGCUCGCCCGCAGAUGAUCAAGUGGCUCGACAGGAGGGAGAAGGUUUCUAUGUACGACACCCUUCGCGGCAGACUUAGUACGGACCAGUCUGCAGACCCGCAAGCAUACGUCUAUACUAUGAAACUACAGCGCAGACUCCGCCCUAGAGAGCAGGACCGGGCGAACCGUCACCUACCAUUCGGCCGAGUGGACGUCUUCCACGGGUUCAAGUUCAACAACAUUCCACUCAACGACAACGCCGAAGAGAAGGAUGGCGUCAAGGCCAGGCCUUCUUCAGCAGACAAGCCAGCAAGAUUCGAUACUGUUGUCGUAUUGCGCGGCGACGAGGCUGAAGCCACAGGAUUACAAGGGACUCGCGUCGGAAGACUGAGAGUUAUUUUUCAGCUUCCCAAAACCAUACGCGAUCCUACCACAAACCUGGAUAUGGAAGCACCGGAGGAGUGGGCCCAGGAGGGGCCUUUAGCCUACGUGGAGUGGUACGGGAAGCUGGGUUCAACGGCAAACCCAGUACACAUGAUGUACGACGUGAACAAGCUUCCUCUGCCAUCCAACGGCAAACCACAAGGAGACGUCGUACCCUUGAGUUCCAUUCGCCAAUCGUGCCAGUUAAUUCCCCGCUUCCCCAGCCCAUCGUCAUCGGAUUCCCUCGAGCGUUCAGUUCCUGAUGACUGGAAAUCAGACACGGUUCUUGACUGCGCCUCAAAAUUCGUAUUGAACAACUGGUCUAGUAAGUAUGCUUACCAGACUAUAUGGUGA